GGGGGGUGGCCCAGACCCAAAGGCUGCAGUCGGGAUUGGGAGCAGUGAUGGCGAUCGCGGCUUGGCUGAUUUGUGGCCGCCUGCCUUGGUGCAGAGUACGGCCGCCCGCGCUCUUCGCCUCACGGCGGGGCUAUUCGACGAUGCCUGUGGAUGACACGAUAAACGGGCUGAGCGAAGAGCAAAAACAGCUCCGGCAGACCAUGUUCAAAUUCCUUCAGCAACAUUUAGCCCCCAAGGCCCAUGAAAUUGAUCAGACCAACGAGUUCAAGGACCUUCGGGAAUUCUGGAAGCAACUGGGGAAACUAGGAGUGUUGGGCAUUACAGCCCCUGCUCAAUAUGGUGGCUCAGGCCUGGGCUUUCUGGACCACGUGCUAGUAAUGGAGGAGAUGUCCCGAGCCUCUGCAGCUGUGGCACUCAGUUAUGGAGCCCACUCCAACCUCUGUGUCAAUCAGCUUGUACGAAAUGGAAAUGAAGCCCAAAAGGAGAAAUACCUCCCCAAGCUCAUCAGUGGGGAACACAUUGGAGCCUUGGCCAUGAGUGAGCCCAAUGCUGGUUCUGAUGUUGUGUCCAUGAAGCUGAAAGCCGAAAAGAAAGGGGAUUACUACAUCCUGAACGGCACAAAGUUUUGGAUCACCAACGGACCAGAUGCUGACGUCCUCGUUGUAUAUGCCAAGACAGACAUGUCUGCUAACCCAGCUUCUCGGGGCAUCACAGCCUUCAUCGUGGAGAAGGGCAUGCCUGGAUUUAGCACAUCCCAGAAACUAGACAAGCUGGGGAUGAGGGGCUCUAACACCUGUGAACUCAUCUUUGAAAACUGCAAGGUCCCUGUCUCCAAUGUCCUGGGUCACCUGAAUAAGGGUGUCUAUGUACUGAUGAGUGGACUGGAUCUGGAGCGGUUGGUGCUGUCUGGCGGGCCCCUGGGGAUCAUGCAAGCCGUCCUGGAUCACACCAUCCCCUACCUGCAUGUGAGGGAAGCCUUUGGCCAAAAGAUCGGCCAUUUUCAACUGAUGCAGGGGAAAAUGGCAGACAUGUACACUCGCCUCACAACCAGUCGGCAAUAUGUCUAUAACGUUGCCAAAGCCUGUGAUGCGGGGCAUAGUAUUUCCAAGGACUGUGCAGGUGUGAUCCUUUAUGCAGCAGAGUCAGCCACACAAGUGGCUCUGGAUGGCAUCCAGUGCCUAGGUGGCAAUGGAUAUAUUAAUGAUUUCCCUAUGGGACGCUUUCUUCGAGAUGCCAAGCUAUAUGAAAUCGGGGCUGGGACCAGUGAGAUUCGGAGACUGGUCAUUGGCCGGGCCUUCAACGAGGCCUUCAAGUAACCCCUAAAAGUCUGUAUUCCUGAGCGGCCAAAGGACAUUUCUGUGGGAAGCUGGGCCAUUGCCUCUUUCCUAUAACCCAGAGCAGCAAAAAGCCAGUCCUGCUGCUUGUCAGCUUGUCCAGCUGGAGCUCAACACCAGGCAGGAUUUACUGAGAAACAUCCACUGAGGAUGAUGGGGCAAGGCCACAGGCUCACUUGAGAUGACCUUGACUCUGCUUUUGUAGCCAGCCAGGGACAGUGUUUUCCUAAGCCUUCAGGCUUUUUCUGGGUUCAGUACACAAACAAAGUCAACUUAUCCUGGUACUACUGGAAACGGGCCUUGGAAUUUCCUUGGGCACACACUCCUCUGUUCCACAGUUCUGCACUUCUCUGCUGCUGGGGAAGGGUCUGACUGCCUGGGGAAGGGUCUUCACCAGAGGUGUUCUUGCAGAGGGGCUUUCUUUCCGUAAGAGCAGGUUGUCACUCGAGUUCUCCACCCUCACAUCUCUGUCCAUCUGUCUUUGAGGAGCAGCAUGUGAUGGUUCCAACAGUUGCUGAAUUUUUCUUCCUUUUCUCUUUUCUUUUUAAACCACGGCUUCUCUACUCGGUCCAUUUGCACAUGCUCACAGACACAUCCAGGCACUUUAUCCUGCCUUUCUCCUUGGCACCUGUCUAUAGUCAGAGGUUAACAUUCUCUCCUGUUUAACUGAAAUACACAAGGAGGUCUGCAUGAGGUACAGUCACAUAAAUUCUUCCUGGGAAUUGUUACAGAACACUGAUCGUUGGCCAGCUCACCUUCUUUAGUUUGUUUUGGGGUGUUUUGUUUUUUGCAGUUUAUGUUGAACUUUUAAGAUAGUUGAACCUUUUCCUGCCUGCCAUGGUUGUGGGGGAAGAGAAGAAUUAGGGUUGUUCAUUCAGGCUGCCUCUUUUCCUGCUUCUUUCCUCCUCCCUAAAGUGAAAAAUGACCUCAGCUUCCCUCCCCACUCACCAGUCUCAGAUCCUAGAAGCUUGAUGCUAGGAACAGGUAAGGCUAGCUUCUUCCAGAUAAGGCAUUCUCAUAUUAGGUUUUGCCUCAAACGAGUCCCCUGCUGCUAUGAUAGGUGAAGGAAAAAGGGCUGCAUCACACCUAGCCAGCUUCUGCGAUCCCUUGAUCCUUUCAGUUACAUGUAACUUUACAAAGGCUUAGACUGUGUUUUUCAUUCCCCAAAAACCAAAUGGUUGCUGGAGUGUCUGCCCUAAGAAAGCACAUGUCAUUUACAAAGGUACCAAGCAUUCUGACCUAAUGUCCUAGGGGCCUGAGAGCUUAGCAAAGAAGAGUCGAGGUCAGGGUUGGCCAUGCUUUCCCCUGAUCUGGUCUGUAUGCAGCCUAGAAUCACACAUCUGUUAAGAGAACAAAAUGAGGACAAAGCAGCAAAGAUGAAAAUAACAGUUUUAUUUGGAUUGGAAAACACAUUUCAUAGUUAUUUUGUCUAACUUUGUUAGCGUGUGCCUAUUUUGCCCCUUUCAGAGCUUCUCACGUUAGAAGUGUCGCCUGCCUCUGGACUUAGGGCAGCAGCUACAAGGUUCCUGUGCCUCUGCUCCAUUGGAGCGGUCAGCAUUCUUGAACCCUCUUCCCUGCCCUUUCCAACGCCAGGAGCUAAGCUGUGUCCUCGUGAUCCCACCUGCAGCUGUCUCGGUUCACUGCAGUGCCAGCUCAGCCUAAACGGCGCUGGCCACUUUCCAGACUCUGCAUUUCCCUGAAACCUCAGGGCCUUUUUUUUUUGUCACAGCAGUUUGGCAUUGGCUGUUCUGUACACACAUGUGGUGAGCCAAAUCCAUCUGUUUCAAAAUGUGUUUUUAGCAGGUGGCAGGUAUUUGUCUCUUUUCCUAACCUCUUACUCCGGCUGGUGUCCUGUGCCUUGGCCACCGUGGAAAUUCUGGGUACGGGCCUCAUUCUUGUCCUUAGCCCUUACUGUUGGCUUAAGGGGUUUGGAGAAUUCCCUGCAGAAUCUGGUCCUUCCUCUCUGAGGUAUUAAAAGAGUUCCGUGAGUCAUGCGGGACUUCUCCUACCAUCUCUCCCCUGCCAGACAUUUUUCUACAUGUGAAAUCAGGUUUUUUGUUUGUUUCUGCAGAGGGAAGGCAGGGCAAUUGGGGUUAAGUGACUUGCCCAAGGUCACACAGCUAGUAAAUGUGUCAAGUGUCUGAGGCCAGAUUUGAGCUCAGGUCUUCCUUACUCCAGGGCUGGUGUUCUACUCACUGCACCACCUAGCUGCCCCGAAGUCAGGUUUAAGUGACCGUCAAGGACGGUCGAAUGGGAAGAGAAGUCACAAAAUGCUAACCUGUUUCCUGAAGGGGUGCGUGUAUGUUUAUGUGUAUACACACAUCUCCAAUCUUUUUAACCAGCUGGCAAAACCGUGUGUAUCUUGCCCUAUGUCCAACCAUGUUGGCUUGCCCUAGCUGCAUUAAAGUUCUCUGAGGGUUGGAAUGAGUGGACUGCUAGGAAGCUAGCCAAAAUGGACCUCCGUGUUUUACAAAUGAGGACAUGAGGCCGCUGGGUGGUGUGGUAUCCAGAGUGUAAGACUUGGAGUCGGGAAGAUCCGAGUUCAAAUUCUGCCUUGGGCACUUACCAGCUGUGUGACCCUGGAUAAAAUGAAACCAUUUCAGCCUGUUUCCUCAUCCGUAAAAUGGACAUCAUAAUAGCACCCACCUCGUAGCCUUGUUGUAAGGCUCAGGUGAGGUCAUAUGCAUGGUGCUUUGCAAACCUUCAAGCUGUUAUUAUCGAGGCCUAGCUAGAGAGGUGGGCCUUCGAUUUGGGGUCUUGUGACUUGGAAUAGCAGAGGAAAGCAGAAGGCUUGAGAGGCUGUGAGCCUGAACCCUUCUUGCUGCUGUACUGAAUCCACCAGCCUGGCGUUCCACCCCUCGCUCAACUUCCCCUGCAGCAAAUCUGAGCUGUUACGUUCCGUUCCACACCUACCACUGUGGAAGCAGAAGCCGGGGAGGAAGAGGAAGCCCAGCAGGUCCUGUGCCUGGCUUCUAGUCAGGGAGACUAGCCAAGCAUCGUGAGCGCCCUUCGGCUUCUCACCUGCUCGAGUUUCUUUGUUAACUUGCCCCAAAUUUUGUGUCUUCUCUCAGAUGUAGCCCUAGGAUAAAUCACACAGUGCGCUGUUCCUUAGUUUUUCCUUCCUACACUCUUUAAUUUUAAAAGUACAAGUAAAAUCAGAUUUAAAUGACCACCCAGAGUAGUCUUCAGGGGGAAUUUGGGGAAGGGAAAGGUCUUAAAGGAGCAACAUGAGGGUGCAUGUGUGUCACCUUAAUUCAAGUAAAAUCUGGUUUAAAUGACCAUCAAGAGCCAAUGGUUUGAGUGCAAAUUUAAAUAUAAUUUUCACACUUUAUUUUUCUUGCCUUUUUUUGCAAUAUGGCUAAUAUGGAAAUAUGUUUUACAUGAUUUCACAUGUAUAAUUGCUAUCAUUGUUUGCCUUCUCAGUGAGUGGCGGAGGGGAUGAGAGGGAGGGAAUUUGGAAUUCAAUUUAAAAUAAAAAUGUUUAAAAUAAAAACUUUUGUUUGUAAAGAUUUUCUUUUUUUAAAUUUUAUUUAUUUUUAGUUUUCAACGUUCACUUUUAUAAGAUUUUGAAUACAUUUUUUUUCCUCACUCCGCAAUAUGGUGUGCAAUAGGCCAUACACGUACAAUCAUAUUAAACAUUUCCCAUUAGUCAUAUUGUAAAAGAAGAAUAAGAACAAAAGGGAAAAAAACAAUGAAAAAGAAAAAAAAUGGUAGCUUCAAUCUGCGUUCAGACUCAACAAUUCUUUCUCUGGAUGUGGAUAGCAUGCAAUAAUUUUUUUUUAAAAAAAGAGCCAGUGGCUUAAAUGAGCCAAAGGUAUAAAAAUGACCGACCAUUCAGGGGUUAGGAGAGGUGGUCUUAAAGCAGCAGCAUGCACAAAAGAGUGAGUCUGUAUGACUGUGGGCAAACCUCAAUGUACGGACCUCAGUUUCCUUAUCUGUAAAAGGAGGAGACUGAACUGGUAAUUUCUAAAGUCCUUUUCAUCUCUGAGUCCUAUGAUCUUAUUCUCAUAAGUAGCCCAAGGCAAGAUGCAAACUAGUCCAGUACAUAGUGUGCAUUCAAGUGUUAGAGUCAUUAUUGGGCUCCUCCUCCAGACUGGAUCUGGGUGAAGACCCCUCCCUGGCUCAUCCACCCUCAAGGAAAACGCAGCCCGAUUUCCACUGGGGAUGGGGGGAAGUAGUGUCGGGAAACCCCAAAGAUGCCCUUGCUUUCCUUAAUUGAGGGGAAGGAGGGAAGUGUAUGCAAACUUUAAAAAGUAUACAUUUAUUUCAAUAUAAGUUGCUCUCUUUAUGAUCCUGUAUGUUUCGUUUUAUGCAUUUAAAAACAUUCUGAGAAGGGCUACGUCAGACUGCCCAGCAGUCCAUGGCAUUAAAAAGGUUAAGUUAAAUGAGAGGGCAAGCUGCAGCUUGCACAAAGAUCCUAGGAUUCCCAGGUGGAAGUGACUUCAGCAGUGCAGUUUGGAAGAGGCAGAACCACCUCACCGCUUCAUCUCCUAACUGGGCUUUGGCUAAUACUUCAGCUUUAUCUCUGGUCAGCUCUAUUCAGCUCUCAGUGCCAGGCCUGAACUGCGCUCUGCUGCCAACUUACUCAGAUAGUUUGGCUGAGUGGAGCUUGCCUGCCCCCUGCCGGAGUUUCAGAAAGUUGUGAGCAAGCUCUUUUUCCUUCUGAGACCUCCCUGCCUUCUUAGAAGGUAUCCUUGUUCAGUGCCCAUCCUGCUCAGUACUGCCUAACUACCCCUGGGAAUAUUCAGAUAAUAGUUGGCAUUUGCAGAGCUCUAUAAGGCUUAGCAAGCGCUUUACAUGCAAUAUCUCAGUUGAUUAGCAAAGAAAGGAAGCACACUGGGAUUUGUGGUCUUACCUGAUUGCUAUAGCUACCUUGAGCUAUUCCUUCACACUCAGCCAGUCUUAGCUUCAUCCGCAUUUAUAUCUUAUGAUAUCUAGUGUUGUAAUCAUUUGUAUACAGUCUU